AUGUGUCCAUCUGUGGAACGAUUACAACUCCACCUACAAAAUCGGCAAGAGAUAAGGUUUAACACAAAUCAAUCUAUUGAAGAUAUCCUCCAAAUGCCACAAAACUCGCGAACCAUGCUCACUGAAUUCUUUAAGAUGAAUGUCUCUGAUCCUGAAGCAAGGAAGUACCUUUACAUAGAAUUCCCUCAACAUUAUCGGUGGUUAACAUCAUCAAAAACAUGGAGAAAAAGGAGGAAUAAGCAGAGAGUGAUUGGAAGAAUAUAUACUGCAUCGCCAAUGGAAGGAGAAAGAUUUUUCUUGCGUUUGCUCAUAAAUCAUGUUAGAGGCCCAGAAUCAUUCCAACAUCUUCGAACUGUCAACGGAAUUGUCUAUCCUACUUUUAGAGAAGCAGCUGAAAAACAAGGUUUAAUGGAGAACGAUGCAAGCAUUCGUGAAUGUUUACUUGAAGCAUCUAACUCCAAAAUGCCAUCAUCAUUGAGAAAAUUAUUUGUCACACUAUUGGUCUAUUGCCAACCAACUGGAUUUCGAUCUUUAUGGGAUGAAUUCUACCAUUUCAUGGCUGAAGACUACAAUUUUCCAUCCCCAUCAAAUACAAAUUUGGUGCGUGACUCUGUUCUCUAUGAUGUAGAACGCAUGUUGAAGCAAUUGGGUAAGACUAUCACUGAUUAUGACCUCCCUGAUAUAAGCAUCCAAUUAGAUGGCAACAUACAAUUGGCCAGAGCUAUACAUGAAGAAGUAUCCGCACCAGUGCCCCAUGAAGAUGUGCAUUGUGUUGAACAUCUUAAUGAUGACCAACGUAAUUCGUUUGAUGUUAUAAUGGAAGCUAUUGAUGGAGAUACUGGUCGAUUAUUCUUCAUAGAUGGCCCUGGUGGGACCGGUAAGACCUAUUUAUAUCGUGCUAUACUUGCAACUAUUAAACUUAGAGGACAAUUUGGUCUUGCAGUAGCUAGCUCAGGUAUCGCUGCCACACUAUUGCAUAGAGGAAAAACUGCUCAUAAAACUUUUGGAAUUCCGGUAACACUACAUGCUUCAUCGACAUGGAAGUUCAGCAAACAGGAUAUUGAAGCACAAUUAGUUAAGCAUGCCGCUGUUAUAAUAUGGGAUGAAGCAACAAUGACUCAUAGACAUGCAUAUGAGGCCGUUGAUCGUAGUAUAAGAGAUUUAAUGGGGGUUGACAGUCCGUUUGGUGGUAAGGUCGUAGUUUUUGGUGGAGAUUUUAGACAAAUCCUUCCCGUUGUACCUAAAGGAACAAAAGCGCAAACCAUAGAUGCAUGUUUGGUGAGGUCAACACUAUGGAGACAUGUUCAACUACUUCGCCUCAAUCAGAAUAUGAGAUCUAGAAAUGAUGAAGAGUUUGCAGAAUUUCUUUUAAGAGUUGGUGAUGGAUGUGAGCCUAUAGUUGAUGAAAACAUGAUAAAGUUACCAACUUCAUUGUGUGUAACAGAUGGAAAUCAUAACUCAAUUGAUAUCUUAGUUCACGAGAUAUUCCCAAACUUAACUGAGCAUGUUGGUGAUGUGACUUACAUGGUAGAGAGAGCUAUAAUAACUCCAACAAAUGAUGAAGCUAACAUGUUGAAUGAAAAGAUACUCAACGAAUUUGUGGGGGAAGAAAAAUUUUACUACUCCUUUGACUCAGUGUCAGAAGAUCGCCAAAAUCUCUAUCAGCCAGAAUUCUUAAAUUCAUUGUCAUUUGGCGGCCUACCACCGCAUCUUCUGAGAUUAAAAGUUGGUUCACCGAUCAUGCUAUUGAGGAAUAUUGAUGCAAGUAAUGGAUUGUGCAAUGGGACAAGAUUAAUCUGUUGCCGGUUAAUGGAUCAUGUGAUUGAGGCUGAAAUCUUGACCGGACGCUGUAAAGGGACACGGGUAUUCAUUCCACGCAUUCCUUUGAAAACAACUGAAGAUGUAAAGUUGCCAUUUGAAAUGACUCGAAAACAGUUUCCUGUGAAAUUGUGCUAUGCUUUGACUAUUAACAAAUCUCAAGGGCAAACCAUUCCUCAUGUUGGUAUUUAUCUUCCACAACAUGUUUUUAGUCAUGGUCAGUUGUAUGUUGCACUAUCGAGAGGGACUUCCCGACAAACAACCAAAAUUUUGGUUAGCAAAGGUGAUAUUCGAGGAAGAAAUGGUGUAUUCACAAAAAACGUUGUUUACAAAGAAGUUCUCUUGCCUCGAAUUUCUUAA